GUGGUCGCCGCCACCGCGGCCGCCCAGGAGGAGCUGGGGGAGGACGGUGGCCCGCGAGGCUCGCCGCAGACAACGCGGCGGCGAUGUCCCCGAGCCAGGCGGGUGCCGCGGCGGCAGCGGCGGGCCCUCGCGCGUGGCCAGGCGGCCUGGGCUUCGGCCUCCCUCCGGUUCCUAGGAAGCGGGCCGGCGGCCAGCGCGGGAGCAGCGGCAGCGGAAGCGAAGGCUGCGGCGCGUCUCUCUCCUCCCGAGCAGCCUAAGCCCAAGGGAGGCCAGGCGGACGGGGUGGUGGCUGGCGGGGGUCCGCUGCCCGAGAAUGGGAAUUCUCUUCACCAGGAUAUGGAGACUGUUCAAUCACCAGGAGCACAAAGUUAUCAUUGUUGGGCUGGAUAAUGCAGGGAAAACGACCAUUCUUUACCAAUUUUCUAUGAAUGAAGUUGUACAUACAUCCCCUACAAUAGGAAGUAAUGUAGAAGAGAUAGUAAUUAAUAAUACACGAUUUCUAAUGUGGGAUAUUGGUGGCCAAGAAUCUCUUCGUUCUUCCUGGAACACUUACUAUACUAAUACAGAGUUUGUAAUAGUUGUUGUGGACAGUACAGACAGAGAAAGGAUUUCUGUAACUAGAGAAGAACUCUAUAAGAUGUUAGCCCAUGAGGAUCUAAGGAAAGCUGGAUUGCUGAUUUUUGCUAAUAAACAAGAUGUUAAAGAAUGCAUGACUGUGGCAGAAAUCUCCCAGUUUUUGAAACUGACUUCUAUUAAAGAUCACCAGUGGCAUAUCCAGGCAUGCUGUGCUCUUACUGGCGAGGGAUUAUGCCAAGGACUGGAAUGGAUGAUGUCACGACUUAAGCUUAGAUGAUCUCUACUGACUUCUUCUCAUAGACUUUAUAUAAACGAAGUGCUGGACUUUACCUGAAAGCUCCAAAAAUUAAUGGUUCAGAUAUAUUUAUAGUAAACUGAUUUAAACUUUUUCUAUAAGAAGAAAAAUUAAGACCACUUAUUUGAAAAUGAAGAUGAAGCCUCACCUUCCAAUUGCUUUCUCAUUAGUUUCUUCCAAAGCCAGGUCUUAAAGCUGUGAUUGACAUUUUCUCAUAAUGAAUCCUCUCAAGUCAUUGUGUAGCCUGUGGUAAGUACAAAAGGAGAGGAAGACAUUUUUUUAAACUUUAAGAGCUUUAUUAUCAGUAUAACCCUCUUUUGUUGAAUGUUCUCUUUUUGUUCCAUUAAGUCAAAAUAUAAAUCAGCACAGAUAUUCAGUUUCUGGUAUUUUAAAAUGUAAUGUUACUUACGAAAAGUAUUUUGCAUUUGUGUAUGUAUUGUGUAUAUACCUCAACCUCAAGUUAAUGGCUUUGAUUUAUGUUCUAAAGAAAAGUGAAUAACAAAAAUUAAUAAUAUUCUUAAUUAUAACAAUAAUGAAAUGAAUACUGGCAUUGGUUUAAGUGCCAAUUUGUACUUUUCCCCUAUGCUGUCUGCAUUGCACUAAUCAACCCCAAAAUCAUUGAGCUGCUCUUUAAAAAAAAAGAAAGAAAAAAAGUUUGACAUUGGUUACCUAUGUUUUGUUGUUCAAAUCACAUACAUACAAGCAUGUAAUCCAAUGAGUGGAGUAUCUGUCAAGUUCUUAGAAUUGCUAAUGGGCACAAUUGCACAUUGAGCCGUUAUCUGAUUGUUCCCUUUAUGAGACCGUAUGCCAUCUAAAUUACUGAGUAAAUUGUUAAUCCAUUAAUCAAUUAUUAACUGUGAUUAAAAUUACCAACUGAUUUUUCAGCAUUAAUGGAAAACUGCUGUGUGAAAUCUUUCCAGAGAAGUGUCACCGUAUAAAUAUUAUCAAAUAAUUUAGCUAGAUUCUUAAGUAUUAAAUUAUAUGUCAAGCAUUUAAAGUGAAUUUGAAAUGAAAAGUAAAGCAUAUUUUCCAAGCAACAAAGAUAAUUUAUUAAUUUGAACAUUUUUAAUUCUUAACUUUUGAAAUAGUUUUAGAUUUUUUAUUUCUAUAUUUUCUUUUUUCUUCUUAUAACAUGUGAAUGUAUUGUUUGGCAAGUAAAAAAUACAAAUUUUUUUAGUGCUUUUAAGAAUUUGGUUUAAAAAUUGAUCAACAUAAUGCAUUAUUUUUUCUAAGAAAUAGCUUGCCCCAAAACACCUUCUAUGUUCGUGUAGGCUUUUUUUUUCUUUCAAUAUCUGAAAAGUCACAGGUAUUUCUGUUGUAACUGUAAACACUUAUCUAACUAAAUGUGUUCAGAUAUAUUCUUGAGUACUCAGUCCCUGAAAAUCUGAACAAUAAUCCAAGCUGGCAUGUUUUAGAAUAUUCAAGAAAAAAAUAAUUCCUUUUAAUACCAGCCUUUUAGAUUUUGUGAAGAUUUUGAUGAGGGAUAAUAGUAUAUACUGUAAGCAUUGACAAAACUUUGAAAAUUCCUUUCUACAAAAUUAAAAUGCUCACUAUCUAAGUCCACAUUGGGCAUAGGAGAUGGUCGGUGUUUAAUGUUGGAUGUUUUGUGUUUUAUAUUUAUAUUAUAAUGUUCAAAAUGCAAGUAUAAUAUUUUAUUUGUCAACUUUUACAAAAGUAAAUUCUAAAUUACUAAGCUUUA